CAUCUCAAUCUCCGUAUCAGUUUAACUCCGAUGUUUUCUUUCUCCCAACAUCCUCUAGGAGCGAGCUUUCACAACCAGCGACUACAUCAAUCUAGAAUAAAACCGAGCCACCGAGAAAGUUUAUUCCCGGGAGUAUUUCUGUCUGACGCAGAGGGGUUUGUAAGGUUUCCUUGUUCGCGUGAAAAUCUAACAAAAAUGUCUGGAAUGGCUGAAGAUUUAACCAAAGAACAAGUCCAAAUGUUGCGGAAAGCCUUUGACAUGUUUGACAGAGAAAAGAAUGGUAUCAUCAACACCAACAUGGUGUCCACCAUUCUUAGAACCUUAGGCCAGACCUUUGAAGAAAAGGAUUUGAAAGACUUAAUAAGCGAAAUCGAUCAAGAUGGAAGUGGCGAACUUGAAUUCGAAGAAUUCAUGGCGCUUGCAGCUAGAUUCUUAGUGGAGGAGGAUGCUGAGGCUAUGCAAGAAGAGCUUCGUGAAGCUUUCCGAUUAUACGACAAACAAGGACAAGGUUAUAUUAAUGUUUCUGAUCUCCGGGAUAUCUUGAGGGCCUUGGACGACAAGUUGACAGAAGAUGAAUUGGACGAAAUGAUUGCUGAAAUUGACACAGAUGGAAGCGGUACUGUUGAUUUCGACGAGUUUAUGGAGAUGAUGACAGGAGAAUAAAACUAUAUGAAGAAAUUUACCAACGAUCCCGCAAGUGAAUCCUUAACAUAUAUUGUGGCCAUAUUACUUAUAUUUACGUUAGUGAUUGGUCUAGCAAUCGCCAAGUGUUUGAUUAUGAAGUUGAGAAUAAGCAAUCAUUUUGAUCUGUACCCUAAUAUUGUUGUAUUCAUUUCGUAACUUGAGUGAAAUAAAUUAAAGGUAAAACAGAUUAUUUUAUUAUAAUUUAAAAAUUAUCGAAUUAAUGAAAUAUUUGCCAUUUUA